AUGUGGUUGAGUGUUAAUCAGGGUUCAAAACUGUGCCGCCUCUAGUGAUCCUUCUACCUCCCUCUCCUUAUUUAACAUUCUAUGGAAGAUGAACUCUCCAAGACGAACAGUCGAGAGUCUAACUAAUGACAUUUUAGCCAAGAUGGGAGCUUUGUCAUUAAUGGAAUUGGCGCAAACAUCACCCAGUGUCCUAACAACAGAUAUCCAUAUUGGUGCAGCAAAGGAAGCAUUAGAGGCAGGAAAAAUGGAGGAUGCUUUUCACCAGUUGUCUCUGUCUCAUUCAACACAGAUUAAUCACCGCAUGGAUCAGCUGCUCUGCAAGUCUAGUCGAAGAACAAAAGAUGUUGAAGCUGAUAAAAUUAUAAUGGCCACCACUGACAAGGAUGAAACUAUAAACCUCCUCCAGAAACUCCCACCAGAGUGGACGGUGAUACAGCUCACAAAGCAGAGUAUUGGAGAGUUCAACUUCCUGGAUAUUAACACCCAUCCUCCGACCCCAGGGCUGUUCCUGUCCCGCUGCUCCUGUGGUCCAAAGCCAAUAGUAACUGUGCAGGCUAUAGCAGCCCCCAGUGCCGAGGGAGUGCGAGGAUUCGGGCAGGAGCUGGAACUUAUCAAGAUGGAGAAUAGAGGUAUGAACAAGGAUUGCCGUAACGACCCGGAGAAAUACUUCAACAAGAGAGAGGAAGUUAAUAACAGGCUUAAGUGUCUCGUGAGGAGUAUGGAGGUGUCUUGGCUCCGGCAUUGGUGUUGUAUGCUACCAGGGUCACUUGAUGCUCGCUACCAACACCUAUUGGAACAAACUACUGCUCGUAUUCUUACUAACUCCGAGAUACUGCUUACAUCCUCUCAGAAGCAACUCUUACAGUGUAUUAUUAGCUGUCCAUUACCAACGGAAAAACUCAAAGGCAAUGAACAAGUGACCCCUAUCAACAUGCGUGCAAGUGUUGCAGCUUUACUUCAAGAGUCAGUGCGGAGUCAGCGCGUGAAAGACCUCUAUGCUGUCAUUCAAAGAGAAGAACGAACGUUGGAUCGAAUACGGCGAGCUCCAAGAAAUCCAGUGAUACUGAUUUUGGAUAGGACCAUCGUGUCUCUGCCGUGGGAGAUGAUGUGGGUGUUGCGGGAUCAGCCAGUCACCCGCAUGCCCAAUCUUCGUAUGCUCACCCUCUUAUAUCAGCAUCACUCACUCCAAAGCUCAAGUGUUCUAGUUCAAGGCGUAGACCCGAGUAAAGGCUUCUACGUGUUAGAUCCAGAUGACAACUUGCCAAGGUCAAAAGAGCGCUUGAAGUCUUUUAUUGAGAAGACUGGCUGGCCGGGUGUUGUUGGACGCAGACCAAAUCAUGCUGAGUUCAAGGGUGCCAUCACCGAGCAGGAUGUAUUUGUAUAUAUUGGUCAUGGUUCUGGCAGUCAGUAUCUUCCCGGGGAGUUGAUUGAGGUUGUGGAGUGUAGGGGAAUAGAUAUUCUUUAUGGCUGCUCUUCCGUGAGUUUAAUAUCCAGAGGACGAGUUCCAGAACCUUGGGGGGUCGUCCUUAACUACCUGUUAGCAAAUUGCCCAUGUGUGGUCGGAAUGUUGUGGGACGUCACAGAUAAGGACACAGAUAACCUCACACGCGGGAUGAUACAAGCACUGCGAGGCCAAAAGGGCGAGUCGGGUUCCCCCUUAGCCAAUCCCCCUUCUGACAUCGCUCUUCUGGUUGCUCGAUCGCGUUCAUUCUGCCUCUGGUACAUCAAUGCCGCGGCACUGGCAGUUUACGGUCUUCCUCUGCACAUCGUUAACAAAUCAAGUGAUUGAAAUUUACUUAUUUUUAAUUUGGUUUUAUAUAUAGUACUGUAUACCAGUUAUGAAUUAUAUAUUAUAUGGUACGUACAGGUUUUAUUGAAUGUGUAGAGAAUGAUGUAUUUUCAUAGAGUUUAUUGAUGAUGUACCUUAACAUACUGUUAAUCCCUUGUGUAUGGGCUCCCCUCAGUGCUGAAUAAAAUCAUCUGGUAUUAGUCAACCUAAAUAUUAAAAGUGGUGUCCCUGUACUGAAGGAGUUAAUAUACAAUGUUUAUUUUACAUAACACUUUUAUUUAUUUAUUUUACUAUAAAAGCCUUACAACUGA